AUGAAGGCGAAAAACCGUGACCAAAGCCUGUCGGACUCCAGAGAGCUGGACGGAUCCUAUGACCAGCUUACGGGUGAGCCACAAGGCCAAAGCAAAAAAACCAUAAAGCAGCGAUUCCUCAAGCUGCUGCCGUGCUGCAAGCCCUCGGCUGCCCCCUCAAUCAGUCAAAGCAAGUGCUCUUUCACUCUCUAUACAUCUCUACUUUCUUCCAUGUGUCCAGCCUUGUGUGGAUACGAUAGCGUGGAAGAUGACUUUGAACUGUCCACUGUGUGCCAUCGCCCUGAAAGCAUGGACAAGCUUCAGGAGCAGACUAAGUUCACCAAGAAGGAGCUACAAGUCCUGUACAGGGGCUUCAAAAAUGAGUGUCCGAGUGGUGUGGUGAAUGAGGAGAACUUUAAGAACAUUUACUCCCAGUUCUUUCCUCAGGGAGAUUCAAGUAUGUAUGCACAUUUCCUGUUUGAAGCCUUCGACACUAACAAGAACGGCUCAGUUAGUUUUGAGGACUUUGUAUUUGGCCUGUCCAUCAUCCUGAGAGGGACCAUUAAUGACCGGCUAAACUGGGCGUUCAACCUAUAUGACCUGAACAAGGACGGUUGUAUCACCAAAGAGGAGAUGUUGGACAUCAUGAAGUCCAUCUAUGACAUGAUGGGGAAGUACACAUACCCCACAAUGCAGGACGAUGCCCCAAGAGAUCAUGUGGAGAGUUUCUUCCAGAAAAUGGACCGGAAUAAAGAUGGGGUGGUCACCAUAGAGGAGUUCAUCGAGUCUUGCAAAAAGGAUGAAAACAUCAUGCAGUCCAUGCAGCUGUUUGACAAUGUCAUCUAAGAGUGUGGACCAGUUAGGACACUGGCACCAGGGAGGGUAGUGUGCGUGUGUGUGUGUGUGUGUGUGUAAGAGGAAUCAGGACUGAAGAGUUUGUGAAUGUGUGUGUGUCUGUGUGUGGCCGUUUUCUGACUUGCAAGCUUGAUCUUGUGUCUCUGUUGAGAGCUGUGAGUCCUGAGGGCACUGAGAGGCCCUCUCCCACUUCCUGGACCCCAGUGGCAUUUCUCCAAGCAACAAUGGAGUUUCCCCAACUCCCUUCCUCAUCAUGCAGAACCUUAGUUUUACCCCAGAGACACAGAGAAAGAAGGCAAGCAGCGGGGCUACAGGCACUCGCGCACCCAAGAUCCCCCACCUGUUUUAUCUGAACUUUUAUUUAUUACUAGUAUUGAUAGAAGAACUAUCGCGGCCUGUAAUGGCUGAACUCAGAGGGAAGCAGUUGUUCCGCCAAAUCUUGACCUAAGAUCACUUUUUUCCGCUUUCCCUGUGUGAUGGCUGAGAUUUGGAUUUGUGAAUCUGAUCCUGCCUUUGUGCAUGUGGGUAACACCACCCUGGAGCUGCUAGACUGCUCAUUCCCCGGCCAUGAAAAUAGAAAUGAAUCUGCCACCAUCUAGUGGAUGAGAGAGAGAAGGACACUUCCUGGGGGAACAACAGAUGAAUUGGAGAUCCAGGCGAUCCUGUUUUGCAAAUGGCGGUUCAAACAUGUUGUUUUCCAUGAGGAACUGAUUUCAAUAUCGCAUGAUGAUGUCACUAAUAUCCGAUUAUGUAUUUACAGAGAUACUCCAAAGUCUGCUUGUCUGUCUGCUGUUCCUGGUCAUUCACAGGUGCCUCACCCUUUGUGUAUGUGUGUGUGCAUGUGUAACAGAAAGAGAUGUCAUCCAUCUUACCUAUGUAAGACUCUAAUGGGACAACACCCGCCUCCAUUCACGGGAUUCUGGUAGAAUAAUUCCUGGCCUUCCAAACUAUUACAGUUCUAGCUGUAGGUGUCUAUUGACUGUUGUAGGUUUUCUAGCGAUUCCCAGUGGUGUGAUGUUAGGCAGUACAAUGUGGGGAUUGCACUAUUGUUGAUGAGAUGUUUUGACUAUCCCAGCUUCUCUGAACAAGGGACUGCCAUACCACAGUUGUACUAGUCUAUCAAUAUACAUUCAAGGGGAAUUUAUUAGAUUGCAGAUUGUAUUUGUGAACUUCUUGUAAUCGGAAAUGUCAUGUGGUUGUAGCAGGUUCUACCACUUCAAAAAAAGAAAAAAAAUCUCAAAACCCUUGUUGCAUUAAAUUAGGCUCAUUCAAUUUAAAAGAGGCAUAGUAUGUGGGUGUCUACUGUUAGUGAGAGAGACAUGGUUUAAUUUUUCUUUUUUUUCUUUGCCCACCCUCCCAUUCCUUAUUCUCCCUCUCUCUGUAACACCAAAGAGAAGAUUUAAGAGGUAUAUAAAGCUACUUCAAGUUAAGACAUAUAGCCCACCUGUGGGUGAAGAGAGAGGGAGAUGCUGUGUAGUAAUUGGGGCAAGGGGCAAUCAGAGAUGAAAUGAUGGAGUUUGGUAAACUGGCAAUGUGGUUUACCCACACACAGUCCAAAAAGAAGAUUAAUUUUAGGCUGUGAACCCACGUUAUGCUCUUAUGAAUAAAUUAUUUUGGAGAAUUUGCAACCAUUUAUUAAUUUGCACCUUUUCACUCUAAAACUCCUCUUAAAUCAAAGAUAUAGCUUAAGUACCAGAGGCACUGAAGCUGUAAUUGAAUAGGCUGCAGUGUCUUUUAAAUGCAGAAAUUAAUAUGGAAUAGCAAUAAUUUUCUCUACCACGUUAUCAGCACCUUUCCUUUCAUCCGACGUCUCAUUCCUCUCAGAGCACAGUAUAAGGGUGCACAAAGGCCCUGAUAAAAAUAUGCACUUCUUAUCCUGCAGUUUCUUUUUUCCUGUUCUUAAUUUAACGUUUUUUUUUUUUUUUCUAGGAAAAAAGUGGUUUGGCUCUGAUUGUUCCUUGCCAACAGUUUUUAACGUUCAUUCCUGACAGCAAGUAAAACCUGUCUAUACCCGCAUGUACUGUGUCUAGAACAAUGAAAACCUACUAACCCGUUGUACUGACUGUCUAGUUAGCUAGCCUCAACUGGUUGCAUUACGUAUUUAAAAUGUGUAUAUUUUGUACAGAGACAAUAAUAAAAAAAAAACACAGUUACUAUGCAAA